CCGAGCCAGAGAACCAUGAUCGAUAUGGAUAUAUACAAACACAAAGGGUUACGUGCACCACUACUAAACGCAAUUCACCCGCUACCGAAUGUAUAUUCAGGCGGCACACAACAUACAUCAUCCUCGCAUUGUUUUCUGGACUUACAAGGCAGUUUCCGAGAACCAAGGAAAUCGCGUUCUGAACGUCUUCUGAUGGGUGACCACUCAUUCACCGAGCACGACGUUACAAUGCUUUAUGACAGUAUGGCAAGGGUUCCACCCUACAAUAUCAUGCAUGUGUAUGGAACCAACCCCAAAUCCUUCACUGUAUUGAUCACUGGAAGUCGAAGUCGAAGGGGUAGGUGGAGCAUAAUGCUGGUACAAGGAGAUGUGUUGUCUCAGGCCUGCUGAGACUCGUACGCCCGGUCACUUACUAUAGGAUGAUAAUUCUCGCUUGGCUGUUAUUUCAUGCAGUGCUCCAGUAUAUACACGUACUUCUUGCCAGUUUUGAACCUUUCCAUCUAAUGGAACUUAAUUCUGGCCUUCGUUCUAAUUCAAGUUGUGAU